CUACCUUUAAUUUACAUGGACAUGUCCAAAGCACGAGCCAUAAUUUCCUGCCUGUCGAAAUGCUCUAUGUAGUUAAUAACAGAUAUCAAGAACACCAGAGAAUGGCUAACGAUGGCCAAGUCGACGACGAAGCAAGGCUCUAACUGCGGCAGCCUGCGCGACAAGCUUCAGGAGGAAUUCCUCUCGUGCAAGAUCUGCCUGGAGCCGAUCCGCCGGCCCAAGGCCCUGCCCUGCCUGCACAGCUUCUGUGAGCACUGCCUGCGGGACUAUGUGCGCAGACACCCGGGGGACAAGCCCGGUUACUUCCCUUGUCCCAUGUGUCGCAAGGAGACAUUCAUUCCCCAGGGCGGGGUCGAGGACUUCCAGGACAACUUCCUGCUGCUGAGUCUGUCCGACACGCUAGAUGAAGACAACUGGGAACCCCCGGGAAUCGCCCGGCUCAACCACCAGAUGUCGCCGCCGAGGCAUUUGUGUCCACCGUCACCACGAGAGUCGCAUCUUAGAAGUUAUGACUGGUAUUUUGGUAAGGUGAGCAGGAAUGCCUCGGAGGAGUGGCUGUUGUCACCUGGCUACACAAAGGGGACGUUCCUCGUUCGGCAGGGAGAGGCAUCGCCAGGAACGUACACUUUGUCAGUGCGAGACUGUGAUGAAUUACGAGGUUACCUGGUGAAACAUUACAAAAUCUACACACGGCGCUUUAAAGACUCUGAGAAGGAGUACUAUUUUAUAACAAACAAAAGAACUUUUCGAUCCCUGCUCGAUUUAGUGGCUCAUUAUCAAGAUGUAUGUGAUGGGUUGUGUUGUAAGCUGACACAAGUUUGUUCUAAACCACGCUCGUUGUUAUGGGCGAUGGAGAGAGGGAAGAAGGAUGAAUAUGCGUCCUCUAAAGACACGUUGUUUGUUAUAAAGAGGUUGGGAAGCGGCCAGUUUGCAGAGGUUUGGCUAGCAAAAUGGAAUUACUCGAAGGAGGUUGCAGUGAAAAUGCAGAAACAGGAUUGCGUAUCAACGGCAGCAUUUUUGGACGAAGCGCAGAUACUAAAGACGUUACAGCACCCGAACAUCAUCCAACUGCUGGGCGUGUGCACAGAACAGGAACCCAUCUACCUGAUCACAGAGUACAUGGUGAAUGGUCGCCUGUCACUCUACCUGCGAGAGGGCAAAGGGAAGGAUAUCGCCGUUAGUCAACUCCUCUAUAUUGGUGCACAGAUAGCCGAUGCGAUGGCAUACAUGGAGAAGGAGAAGUUUGUCCACAGAAACCUCGGAGCACGCAACAUCCUGGUCGGGGACCACAACAAGGUCCGCAUCGCAGGCUUCGGAAUGACCAAGGCCAUGGAUGACCCUGAUUUUAACUUUCGUAGAGGUCUGAAGAUGGCUAUCAAGUGGAUGGCGCCAGAGGUUCUCCUCUACAACAAAUACAGCACCCGCGCAGAUAUUUGGUCGUUCGGCAUCGUGCUCAUCGAGAUAUUCACGUAUGGCAAGGAACCCUAUGAAGGGAUGCCCAGCAAGGAAGCGUUUGAAAGUGUCCAACAGGGCUACCGAAUGCCGCGACCGGAGAUGUGUCCCGUGGAAGUGUACGACGUCAUUCUGACCGCGUGGAACACGAACGCUCACUCCCGGCCUUCCUUUGACUUCUUCAACACGUUUCUACACGACCUUGUCAGCUGAUCAAGGUCACCGAGAGAUGCUAGACAAAACUUGGGUUGGAUAAUACUUGAUGCGGCUUCACCAGAAGCAGUUAUACAUGUGUGUGUCUCUGUGUGUGUGUGAAGGCACGGCGAUAGUAAGAGAAUUGUGUUUGUGAAGGCACGGUGACAGUAAGGGAAUUGUGUUUGUGAAGGCACAGUGAUAAUAAGGGGAUUGUGUUUGUGAUGGCACAGCAUUUGUGAAGCCAUGGUCUUUGUGAAGGCAUGGUGUUUGUGAAAGACUUCCGUGGAUGAAUCGGUUGUGGGAGUGUAUUUGCCAUCAACAUUAUCGAUUAUGUGAAAAAGAUGCAGAAAUUUAACCACUUGUUUGUGAAGGCCUGGUGUUGGUUGAGGAUGGAGCAACAACAACAAAAAAUCUUUACCUAUAUAUACCAUGUGGUUAGGUUUUAGCUCAUCUUACAUAGCUAUCGCCUUCCGCCACAUGCCACAAAAUUGUAUAUGGAGUCAUAUGAUGGGAAUUACCUUGGAAUCGAAGAAUAAAGCAAAGCGGAAGAAAAACAGAAGCCAUGACGGUUUAUUCACCAUCGACCAUUGAUGAAAAUGUAGACGACUUAAUGAUACACAUCAUCAGAAAUGUUUUGCUUGUGGAUAUCUUAAUGUCACACAUGUGGAUAUCAUAAUGUCACACAUGUGGAUAUCUUAAUAUAAUACUUGUGGAUAUCUUAAUGUCACACAUGUGGAUAUCUUAAUGUCGUGCAUGUGGAUAUCUUAAUGUCACACAUGUGGAUAUCUUAAUAUAAUACUUGUGGAUAUCAUAAUGUUACGCAUAUGGGUAUCUUAAUGUAACAUCUGGUCUGUCUAUCCUGUUGUUAACAACAAAACCUCUGUAAUUUACGGCCAGCGUUUAUUUCUCUUUGUGUUCUGGUAAUAGUUUACUUGUUCUGUGAUAGUGGUGACGUCAUACAUAGCCGAAAGCCUGAAUUCUGCCUGACAAUGUCCUAUUUUGUGAUCACCAACUGCACACUGUUAUUGUUUGUUCUGUGACCCGUCUGUUACAUCGGUUUUAUGCUUUUCUUUGACCCUGUCUGUUUAAAACCAGUUUCUUGCCUAGUAAGUUGGAUCAGAAUUUGCCCAAAUGAUGCCAAACACAUUGCAUAAGGAGGCAUACAGCUUUAAAUUUGAUUGUCAUUUUGAACGGGCUUCUUGCCUGUUCAAACCAGCCUCUUGCCUGUUCAAACCAGCCUCUUGCCUAUAUUACAGGUAAAUUAGAUCAGUGUUUGCCCAAGUCCUACCUACCAUGUUUUGUAAUGACCAGCAUCCAAUACCACUUGUCCUUUAACCUGUUAAAAUUGGCUUCAUGUCUAGUAAAGGUUGGUUGGUCCAUAAGCCUUCAUGCUUGUUCUGUAAUUAUGGGUGUCCAUCACAGUCUGGUGUUGUGCUUAGUAAGGUAGAUAAGCCAGGACUCGAAACGGCCUGUAGCCAGGUCCCCACAUGUGACCAAUGUCCUCUUUGGGCGACUUAAAUAUUUAAAACAUAAUGGCGUUAGUCGCCCAAAUAAUAUCUUCUUUAGAGCUAUAACAUAUGAGCCACUAUUAAUAUUUGUAUUCCACAUUAAAAUCUUGCUCGUGGUUCGCUUGCCAUAAUUUUUUAUUAUUUUGUGGGCGACAUACUUUUUGGCGAGUUUCAAACCCUGAGACAAAAACAUCAAGUCAAGCAUGCUAUGCAUAUUUUCAUGAUCAUCUCGCAACUCGGAGUACAACGAAUUGUGAAACCACAACUAUUUUGGUAAUCAAAUUGCACCAAUUGUUAAUACACUGAAUUUUAUCUUGCCAUGUUUUUUUUUUUAAAUAAUCGACUUGCAAUGUACGACAAAUGAAGCCACCAUACAUGUAUGUUCUGUGCCCAUGCUUAUAAAACGUUUAUCUAGAGUCCAGACUCAAUCUGUAGUGGCGUCACACAUAUACAAUUUGUAUGGCGUUGUCGUGACAUUACUGUCUCAGACUCUAUUAGUCUCGAGUCUAGACUCUAAAAGUUUUAUAAGCACCAGGCGUUAUUGAUUAGCAGAACCUUGUGUUACAUACACCACACGUUCUUUGAUUCUAGAGCUAUUAACACGUUCAUUAAUUCCAUGAUAUUGCCUAUAGUAAUGUUGGGAUGUCUUGGGUCUUCUUUCUGUUUGUUUAUUUUUCUAAUACUAGGGAUUGUGUUUGUAUUUGUUCUUUUUGCUAAGGUUUAUACACAUAACAUGUACACCAUUUGGAAAGAAAGCUACUUUAUGUGUUGUUUAUUAACUGGACUUUUUAUUUGGUUUUGUAUCAGCCGAAAUGAGUUGAAAAAAACAACUGAAAUGACAGGGAGAAUAACUGAACUGAAUGAGAACUGAAAUGACUACAAACACAACAGAAGUUACUGAAAUGACAGCGAAACAGCUAAAGUGACUUAGAGAAUAACUGACAUGGCUGGCAGGAAUGUAAAAUGAUUAGAACAAGUGCAAAGACUGGCAUAAUUACUGAAGUGACUUUAAAAACAACUGAAAUAACCGGUAGGAAGCUGAAAUGACUAGAACAAGUGCAGUUACUGAAGUGACUUAGAAAACAACUAAAAUCCCUCUUAUGAAGCUGAAAUGACUGGCAGAAUAACUGAAAUGACUUGGAAAACAACUGAAAUAACCGGUAUGAAACUGAAAUGACUAGAACAAGUGAAAUGACGGGCAGAACAACUGAAAUUCCAAUUAUGAAACUGAAAUGACUGACAGAAUAAUUGAAUUGACUUGGAAAACAACUGAAAUUCCUGGUAUGAAGCUGAAAUGACUGGCUUGGAAAACAACUGAAAUGACCAACAAAAAACUGAAAUGACUUAAACAACUGAAAAGACUGGCAAAAUAACUGAGAUGACUUUGAAAACAACUGAAAUAAUUGGUAUGAAACUGAAAUGACUGGAACAACUGAAAUGACCUGGAUAAUUACCCUGAAAGUCAGACAAAACUGGAGGAGGACGGCAAAUUCAUUUACAAGCUCACAUACGCCAAUACAAAUUUCUCGCAUUACAAAUCUCUGUAGCAGAGAAUUUGUGAAAAACAAAAAUACCAUGGAAACUUUGAAUUGGAACGAAUUGACAAAUACAGAGUUCUCUCCCUUAGCAGGGUGUGCUUUGAAGAGAAAACAGACAGUUGACUGUAUCUAGUGUAGAAAAUUUCAGAUGAUUGAAUUAAAAUAUGAAUUUGGACAAUGUAUUGUGUUAAUAACAUUCUGUAAAUGUGAAAACUUGUUGGUUUUUUAAAUAAUGUCAGCAGUUUGAGCUGUAUAUAUUGUUCUAUAUACAAAGUGCUAUAUGUAAAGUUGGAUUGAAUGGUUUGUAGUUUUUUUGUUGUUGUCAUGACAAUAUUUAUUUAGCAGAACACACAUCUUAAAAUCUGUUAAGAGGUGAAGUCUGGUAAGAAAACGUUUUUUGCAGCAUUAUUGUCUUUAUUUAAACUUAAUAAUAUAAAAAAAAUAUUGUCACAUAUAAACGUUGAGAAAAGAAUUAAAAAUUGGCUCAAAUAACUGCAUGUUCUCCAUUUUAACAGUAAGACUAUUGUACUACAUGUAUAUAGUAAUGUAAUUUCUAACACAAAUGUAAGAUGGUAGUACAUGCACUAAAGACUUCUAAAUAAACUUUAAAGUAAUAACUUAUGUACUAAAAACUUCUAAAUAAACUUUAAAUAAAGUAAUAACUUUUGCUAGAUAAACAUUUAAUUAACCGAGCAUUAGAGAUGAAAAACGUUGAAUUUUUGCGAGAUAAUGGUUGCACUGUACCAAAUAGAAUAGUAUUAGUUAAUAUAUGCAGUUAAACAUGCAAUAAUAUAUCAAGCAAACUAUGACCUACAAAAAUACAAAUUACUACAACACCUGCUCCAAAGUAUUAACUAGAACGUGGAACCUUUUACGGCUUAUUUUCGUUAUAUAAUGGAUGCUGUUUUUACAACAGCCCUAGUAAUUUCGCACAAAAUUGUAGUUUAUAGUUUUACAGAAACCCCAUACAUAUUUCAAGCACAAGGUUACAUGUAUAUGUACUUUACACAGUGGUUUCGGAUAAAAAAUCAGAUUGCAAACGUUUAUUACAGAGAUAAAACUAAUUCUUUUAACAACAAACACUGUGACAUGUAUUAUCAAUGGUAGGAUUGGUAGUAUUAAUUAUGCUUUCAAAAAGUUUAAUGCCACUUGAAGAGUGUUUCUCUUCUUGUUAGUUUUUUUUAGAAAAACUCAAAGAACCCCAAUACUUAAUAAGACUCUACAAAGUUUUCCACAAUACUUUUCAUGUCUGAGAUAUAAUUUUAUAUCUUUUUUUUAACUAUGUGUGUCUCAAACCAAUCAUAUACAUGUACUUUGAUAAAUAUUUAUAUUUGAUAUACAUUGUAUGACAUUACAACUUAAAAAUACAAAAACGUAAAUGUUAGUAUUGUAUAAUUAUGGGUUUUUAGGAGGUUUGGGAUUUUUUUUAAUGAAACAAUCUUUUUUUAACUACCUUUAUGUCUCAAAGAAAUCAAAUACUUUGGUAAAUAUUUACUUUUGAUAUGACACUCCAACUUACAAUUUGUAUGCUUUAUAGUAGUACCAUGAAGGACUACCAUCAGUACCAGCCCUCUUAUAAUUUUAAGAACAAUUACGCAGAUAUUUUCAGUACAGUUUUGAAUACACCAUCUUUACAUGAAUUACUUUUGUAUUCAUUUAAAUAUCACAAAGGCUUUUUUAUUUCUUUUUUCUUUUUUAUAAUACUAAAUCCCUGUUUAUACAAAGAAUUGUGUUUUUCAGUUGGACUAGCAAAUGUUAUUAGUGUGCAUCUUUUGGUUUUAUAUAAAAAGUUAUUUUUUCAUUCUUUUGCAUGUGCAUUAUUAGAGUUUUUGAAUCCAGCCUUUGAAUUGUGUCCAGUCUUUACAUUGACAUCCUCAGCAACAUGUAACUUAAAUUUCAAUAGUUACACUUCUUACGAUAAUGUAGUUUUGUCUUAAUAUUACUUUGGUGCUUUGCCAAAAGGUUUCCACUGCCUUUAAAGCUGGCUUCCCAUAAAAUAUGUCGCAAGUCGCUGAUAGAUGCAGAAUAAAGAAAAUUGUUAUUGGAACACAGUCUCAGAUGGUCUUUAUUGGACAGAUCUUUCACAGAUAGCAUGUGACCGUGUUCCCAUAAAAUUGUUCUUUUGUCUGUGUGACCUGUUACAUAUUUUGUGGAAACCUGGCUUAAUGUAGAGAGAUAUGUAUAUCCUAAUUACAUUGGUCUCUUACAAACUUUUAAACUGACAUGUUUUUUUCUUCUUUUAUAUUACCUAUAUAACUUACAAUGAUGCUUGCAUAUUACUGGUACAAAUGCAUCUAAAAUGAUUCUUUUGAAGAAAAAAAACCGAAAAAAGAAGAAAAAAACACAAUAAUGGUGUUCAUAGGGCUAGUUUUAUCUCAGGUUUUUCAUUACGGUUUCAUUUGUAGCCUUUUUUUCAUCAUGUUUUAACAUCAGCUCAUUAAUUGCAUUGAAUUGUCUCAUUGGCACCUAUAUUUACAGUGGCACUAGUUUUAUUCAUAUUCAUAAAGAUUGUUUUGUUUUAUGACACCAUUCAUUAAUCAUUGGCUAUUGGAUGUCCACACUUUAAAGACGCGGACACCAUUCAUUAAUCAUUGGCUAUUGGAUGUCCACACUUUAAAGACGCGGACACCAUUCAUUAAUCAUUGGCUAUUGGAUGUCCACACUUUAAAGACGCGGACACCAUUCAUUAAUCAUUGGCUAUUGGAUGUCCACACUUUAAAGAUGCGAACACCAAUCAUUAAUCAUUGGCUAUUGGAUGUCCACACUUUAAAGACGCGGACUAUUUUCAACCCGUGAAAAUGGACACUAUGUUUCAUUAAUCAACAGAGCUGUAACACAUAUUUAUACUGUUACAUUAGAGUGAAACAAGAGUCUGUGAUGUUGAAAUAGGGAAUUGCUCAUUAAAAAGAGACUAGAGCUCGUCUCCAUAACUGUUACUUCUCAGAGGUACAUAAUUUUUUUUUAAAUAUGAAAAUUGCAUUUCGUUGUAUUAGGAACAUGAGGAUAACCAGAAAUACUUCAGAUGUAUGGAAAUGGAUAGUCUAAAUGAUAAAAUGUACGUAAUUUCCGAUUUAUAUUAACAAAAAUGUCUCUAAUUUAGUGUUUAAAAACUAGGAUCAGUCACUUUAAGAUAUAUCAAGUUUGGGACACCCCAUAUUAAUGAACAAGAUUUCUUGUUCUCAAUGAAGGAAUGUUAAAGACAUAUUAUCAUGGAUUACAAAAAUGGUUUUUGUCUUGUACUGGAUUAUUAAGGGCAGUUGGGACACUGAAUAUUACUUUCUGUCUUUCCUUUGUGAAGUAAAAAGAUUGUUUUAGAAAAAUGUACUAAUUCAUCUUGACAUACACGCAUUUGUAGAUGUAUCUCUCUAGAAACAACAUGACUGUUUUCUGGUACAGUUACAAUCAUUGUGGCUUCUCCUGCCGGACAUAUAGGGGUGGGUAUAUUAUGAGAAUGUUUGUAUAUAUCGCGAUACGGGUUCCAUGUGUCAUGAAGCGUAUCAUAAUACAUCAAAACCUCUCAAAACAAGACCCUCUGUAAACUGGAAUUCACAAAAAAUAAAAAUAAUAACAAGUAUCCUCGUUGCAAGUCAUUUAGCAUUGCACUGCGAGAGUUUAGUGAAUUAGGCCCCAGGUCCCUUUGUAAGUACCAAUGCAAUUGAGAACCUCUCUAAACUGGACAUAAACCCUAAAACCAGACAUUUGACUUGGUCCUGCGUGUGGGUGUCUGGUUUAGAGGGGUUUCACUGUGUGUUAGUUUCGGCAGCAUCGAGUGAAUGAAGAUUUUAACAGAAGAAAGAAAAUAUUAUACAUGUAUGUGAUACAAGUUGAGUUUUAUUAUUUAACACAUUAAAUAUGUGGAUCACUUCUGUGUAGUAAAGAACCAUCUUUCAUAAUGUGAGGCCUUUUUUUCAUAUCUCUAAACAGUUACAUGUAAAAAAACAAACACAAAAAAAAAGAGUUGAAUUUAAGAGAUUGGGUUUUUCGACUGACAAGGAACUUGAAGUAUGGAAAUUGGUUCAAAUUGCGGUGUAGGGUGCAUCGUAAUGUGUAUUAUUUACUGUUUGAAUCAUAAUAUAUAUGGGUUUACCAAUAAUACCACUCAUCCCUCAAACUAAUUAAACCUUCGUUUAUUCAUCUGUAUAUAACUCAUUACCACAUUGAUGCCCAACUUGUAUAUAAUGCACUCUUGGUGUUCGUACGUAACAACAAAUGAUUUAAAACUUUUUAAAACCCACUGCCAUUCUGAUCAUGUUUGAAAAAUGUGUGUGUGUAGAAGUUACGAAUAUUUGUCUCUAAUCAAAUGAUAAUGUAUCUAAUCAUGACUGAACAAGCACCAUCUUUAAUUGAGUCAGGAAUUUUUUUGUUUUUUUGUUGUUGUUGGUUAGUGGGUUGGGGUUUGGUUGUUGGGUUUUUUUUUUGGGGGGGAGGUGUUUUUGUGGGGUGAGGAGUUAAUGGCAAGUGAAGUACUGUUUAAGUUAUAAAUACAAAUUACCAGGAGCAGAUGCAGAUUUUUCUAGGGUUGGAGUGCUAACUGCUAUAAUUAAAAAAGUCCAUACAUGUACAGUAUUAACAAACAACAACUGAGGGAUGAAUUAACAAAGCCUGUUUAUGUCUUACAUGUAACUACAUACAUUUACAAGGAUUAAACACCUGUUUGUCUGACAUGUAACUACAUACAUUUACAAGGCUUAAACACCUGUUUAUGUCUUGCAUGUAACUAC